GGGCGACAUCAGGGUCUGGUUCCGACGGUCACAAGAAAUCUUUGCAACGGCAGCCUUACCGAAUUUUUGAAGGGCAACCUCCAUCCAUCGAGCUCCUCCAUGCGUGAGAUAGCCAUCAUAUUAUAGAAAGACUUCAGACUGGACCCACCACACAUCAUCUCAUCACGAUGGUAAAGUUUUCAGGUACCUUUGUUCUGUGCCUCGUUGCAGUUAGCUUCUUCGCGGGGUCUCUGUCAUCAUCUAGUAGUUGGGGAGAGAUUAAAUCCAAGCUAGUGGAAGAUAUCUCAUUGACCAACCAACGAAGAAGUCUCUCCUUAAACGCUCCCCAUACAGAUAGCAGUCCAGGCACCACAGAAAGCAGCAGUGGCUGGCCUGGGCAAACGCCAUCAUCGGAAUUGGGUCAUCCAUUGGUGCGCAUUGGCCAUUCUUUUCUAGACGACAAUCUAAAACUUCUUUUGCUGCGAGAAUGGGACGACUUUAUUUCCGUCUACAACUCUCGUCAUGACCGAAACAAUAUCUGCGGGAUGCGAGUGAACCAUGCCUAUGCUGUCUGGCUGACAGUCCGACACCUCAAGCCGAGUACCAUUAUCGAAUCGGGGAUCAAUGCCGGCCUUUCCACCUACUUGCUAAGGCAUGCGGCCCCCAAUUCUACACGUAUCUACAGCAUUGAUCCCCGAGAUCAACCCAUUUGCAAUCAGCCUCAACGAUGGAUCGACCCAUCGCCAUUGACCACCUAUUAUACUGGGGCCAAUUUCGUCGACUUGCAAAAGAUUGAUUGGCAGCAAAAGAUUGACAGUGGAGAGAUCCAAGAUCCUGCCAACACUUUAAUCUUUCAGGACGACCAUACCAAUUCCUUUGAGCAUGUUCUGACCUACAUGAAGUAUGGAUUUCGUCACGUGCUUAUGGAAGACAACUACCGUCCAGGAGAGGGAGGAUCUCGAGUGGACAAGUCGGGAUUCUCUCCCAAGCAAAUGUUGGCGAGAGUAGAUCCAGACUCGAAAUUCUUUUUCUCCCAACUCGAUUCUUACGCCGAAUUCCCGCCACUGUUUCCACCCGUGUUGGCCAAGGAUGCUCAAAUUCCGUACAAGCAUUUGUACAAUGCCUUUUUGACACCCACACAAUCCGUACACGAUGUUCACGAACCGCUCUUUCGACCGGAUCUGGAAAACCGUACCGAAGAUCAACGCUUCUGGCUCCAGGCCAACGAACAAAUGGGAUAUGAUCCACAAGUCAAGGACAAGUACUCGUUUUUCCAAUGGUUCCAAUAUGUUCAUAUCGCAUACUUUCGGGUCAGAUCCAGUAGCUUUGUGGGACCGUUUUUGGCACAACGAAUGGAGAUUGUGGUAGCCGAUACUGUGUCCUAGUUAGAUAGCUACGGUAGGCAACACCUAGCUAGAGAUUGCGAUACAUUCCAGUGCUAUCCUGAUUGGAAGAUGAUGAUUUUAGAAUGCAAUUUUAACUUCAAGUAUCUAGAUCAAUUAAAAACAAACCAUCCCAGAGGCGAGCAGACAAAAAGUGAUUCGUUUGUACAUGUAAGACUGAGAGGCUCUUGAUCCCAACAUCAUCUUGCCCAAUUCAGCCAUGAUGCAGUUAUACAUCGCCAGUCUUUGUUCUUCUUGUUGAGGAUGCAGGAGGAUCUCCAGAAGAUUUAGCGCUAGAAGAAGCUGCAGUCGGCUUUGUAAAAGGAGGAGUAGGAGGAGAGCGCUUUGGAGAGCGAGGAGGCUUUGCUGGAGAGUGGGCAGCAGACGUUGCUGGAGAACGAGCAGCAAUGGGGGGUGUAGGAGCCGAACGUGGGGUUCGUGGAGCCGAACGUGGGGUCCGUGGUGCCCCACCUGAUGUUCUUGGAGCCGCAACUGGCGUUCUUGGAGCCGAACCUGGUGUACCUGGAUCCCCACCUGGAGAGCCCCUAAUGGAAACAGGUGGAGAUAACGGAGACACUGGAGAACUCGGAGCUCCACCGGUGAGUAUGGGACUAAACGCCGAAGGAGAAGGGGGAGGCGAUCGCUGAUGGCCCAAAACAGCCCUCUUGGCGUCAGCUAGAGCCCGACUGGCAUCGCGUAAUGCAGACUUGGCCCCUUCGAAACUCGAGGCAGGCCUCCUAUUUUCGCCCGCCAGUGCUCGACCGGCAUCGCGUAGAGCAGCCCUGGCCCCAUGGAAACCCAGUGAAGGCUGUCUUGAUCUCCAGCUCGAUGGUGCUCUCCAACUCGAAGGAGCCGUUCCAUCCACGGGCAUCUUGGCACCUUCAUAUCCAGUGGAGUUUCCCGAAUACGCGCUGGUGACGCUGCCGCUACCGCUUGUGACGCUGCCGCUUGUGACGCUGCCAUCUCGUGCACCGGGUGAGUUUUGUUCCUUGGUAGGCUCUCCCGUCACUCGUCGCGUCACCGACGCAACAAAAGCGUCCUUUCGUUGAAUCAUGGACGCAACGAAAGAAUCUUCUACGUCAGGGUUGUUGGCACGCCAAACCUUUAACUUGCGACGAGCUUUGAUGCAGAGGUAGUAGAUAAACAAGAGCAAAGGAAGGCCGAACACGACAACUGCCGCAAUUCGCAAGGCCAGGGCCGCAAUGUUCACUUGAGGCUUCAAAGUUUUGAUGUAGGCACAGUCCUCCAUGUCAAUAUCGUCCUUUUCCAUUCCGCGCUCGCACUUCCCAGCAUAGCGGUAGAGAUCUUCACAGACAUUCAUGGUUUCUCUGUACCCUGCGUAUUCUGGAUUGUAAUCGUAUUCCUCCUCACUCUCCGCACUGUUGUUGUCGUCGUCGUCGUCUUCUUCUUCGUCAACUUGAUCAUAGUAUGCAUAGUUGCCGCUCCUGUAAGAGUUGCACGAGACGAUCUCCUUGGUCACCAAGCUUUGUUCUGGAAGGGCGAAGCCCAUCUGUGCGAACAAGACGUUGCAGGAACAAGUGAGUAUUAGUACGCUUGCCGAACAAAAAGCAACCAGUCGCACAACCUGAUCAGCCGACUUACU